AUGCCGUUGACUGUGUCCGGGCAUCAUCAACGCGGCCAGAAGCUCUAUCAAAAAGGGGACUUUAAAGCCGCUAUUGAAGCCUUUGGCGAGGCUCUGAAGCAGAAAGAUGCCGAUGCAAUAGGCAUUCUUGAUAAUCGUGCAGCCACUUAUUGCAAACUUGAACAAUGGGACUCAGCGCGUCGAGAUGCGAAGAAUAUGAUCAAAACGGCAAACCAAGAUGAAAGAGGCUAUUUGCGAUGUGCUAAGGUUCUUCUCCUUGAUGGGAAACCGGAAAAAGCACUGGAGAUUUAUGCAUAUGGGUUGAAGACACUUGGAAACAAACAUCCACGACGAGAGAUGCUGGAGCAAUUGCAUAAAAAGCUUCAAGAUCGCAUGCUACUCAACAGGAAGGACCCUUUCACUUUGCUGCCUCUGGAGAUGGCCAUGUUGGUAAUCGAACACUUCUCCUUCAAGCAAAUCGUGGGCAUAAUGCGCGUGUGCAAAGGCUGGCAACGGUUCUUUGGAUCUUUAUCGCCCAUUUGGAUGAACCUUGACUUUAGUGGCGCCCGAGGAACCGUGUCAUUCAAUGCUGUAAGGUCAUAUAUCCGAAGAUCAAGGGGCUUGCUUACCCACGCUACUAUCAAGAGUUUACCUGUGCCCCAAAUUCAGAGAAGUCUGGAGUUCUUGAGCAGGUGCCCCCAUUUACAGCAUCUAGAGCUGUGGGUGCCCUACGAACACAAAGAAUUCUUUGAAAAAUUUAAACGCUGCAAGAAGAUCAAGACUCUGUUAUUUUCACCGGAUCUCCAAAUUCCUCUUGAUUCUGUCAGUCGAAUCUUCAAUGAGCUCCCCAAGCUGGAAAAGCUCACUAUCUGGAGCUGUGGACGACCGGCUCUGGCAGCUGUUCCCAUAGGAUCUUGGCCUAGCAGUCUUCCAAAUUUAAAAAGUUUCACCCUUGCCGCACACCAGGCAGCGCCAGACAUAAGGGUAGUACCUUUACGAAUUCCUCAUUUGAUAUCUAGCAAGCGGCCUCAUCCCUAUCCGAAUUUGGAAGUGUUGAGACUUGACUGGGACCCCCCCAGUAUCUUCUCUUCUCUCCUUCCCUUUGAGCUUCCUUGA